AUAGAAAAUUCCUCUAUAUAAAUAGAAUAAGAAUUUAUUAGUAACACACUCAAAAUAUCAAAAAUAAAUAUCAUUUUAUUAUAAUUAAAUCUGAAAUGCUUUUGCACCAUGCCAUUCGCAUUGUUGAAAAAAAUUAACCAAUAAACGAUUCUAGUAAUUUAACCAAUCUUGAUUUUAAACUAUUUAAUCAAACUACUGGAAAGAAAUAUGAUUAUCCUGUAAGUAUUUUUAAUAAAGUAGGUUUUUGGAAAAUAAUGUAAUCAUUUUGGUGACAAAUUCAUCGAUCUUUAAAAUGCAGUUGAUGGAUUUAAUUCCUAAGAAAGACAAUAUUAAUGUCCACAUUGUGAUUAGAUUUAUAAAGAAAUCUCUGACUUCACACCACAUGAUCUCUUUAAGAAAAUUUAAAAUGAAUUCCAUCCUUAAACAAAUACAAUUUCAAUUGUACAUGGAAUUUUAGUCAGUCAUAUUAAACGUAAUAAAAAAAGAUUUGGUGAUCCCUUGAUUUCAGAUAAAAUUAAAAACUCAAUAAUAGAUCUGCUAACUUAAAGAGAAGAUGAUCCUUUUUAAAAAGCUUCCUAAUCUACUACUUUAGCUUAACUUGAUUAAAGAUUGAAAACAGAAUUUUAAAUAUAAUUUUAAUCAAUGUGUUUACUUGAUAAUGUAAAUAUAAACAUUCCUGUCAGACAUAAAGAUUGUAAACACAUUUAAGCUUAUGAAUUAACAAGUUUGAUUAGCUAUCAGAUUGAAAAUUAUAGAGAUUAAAAAAAUAAUUAAUUGAAAUAAAGAGAUACUGUUAGGUAUUUAAAAUGCUAGUAAAGUGGCUGUCACUCAAUAUUCCCUUUGUAUUCGGAAAUAGACCUGAUAAAUUCUCUUGUAGUUGAUUUUUAAUUUUUAUAAACGAUUAAAAAAGCAUAUCCUGGAAAUUAACUCUAUAUAAUCAAUAAGACAAUUAAUAAUGAGAUUUUACUCACCGAUUGGAUUUCAAAUAGCACAAAUACUAAAGACAAAUUUAUAUAUUAAUAUUGGGCUUAAAAGGAGAAUAAAAUAGAAUUAGAAAAAUUAUUUUCUUAUGAUGAAUUUUAAAGAAAUGUUUUAGAAAAAAUGGCAACAAUUAUGAAUUUGGAAUAGCCCAAAGCUAUCAAAGAAAAAAUUAAUCAAUAUAAAAAUUCAAUUUGUUGGAUGAAAUUAAAAGAUUACUCAAAUCAAAUGGUGGAAUAUCCUACCAGAUGUGUUAAUUGUCCAAUCCCAAAACCAUUAGGCGAAAAAUAACAAGAUAUCAUAGAACCAUAACAAGAUAACAUAAAACCAUUAAAUAAUUGGGAUAUUAGAACUUUUAUAGCAUAUAUUAUUCAUAAAAAGAAAAAGGCGGAGGUAAAAAAAUAAAAUACAGAAAAAUUAAAGUGCCCCUUAUGCGAAAAUGAAUUUAAAAAGAAUUUAGUAUAGAUGUAAUUUAACAAUGAAUUAAUUUUUUAUGAUGCUUAAUUGUAUUAAAAAAUGUAGAAUAGAUUAUCAGAUAUAAAAUAUGAGCCAGAUAAUUUAUUUGAGUAUAGAGGUAAGGAUUACUUGCUUGAGAAUUUUAAGAAUUUAUGGAAAUAUAGCGUUGAAGAUUUUUUAAAGUAAUGAUAUAAAUUUUAUAUUUAGUGAUGAAAAUGUAAGUGAGAAUGGAAAGAUAUAAUAUAAAACAAUCAAAUGUCACAAUUUUAGAGAUUUAUAUUUAAAAAAUCCAUUAAUAAAUUUUAAAUGCAAGAAUUAGAUAAGGUUUAAUUUUGAUUAUUUUUAUAAGAAGUUUCAAGAGAAUAAUUUUUAGUUUAAGAAUGGCAUAAAAUUAUGUUAAUGCUAAGAAACAGAAUGUGAAUUGGUGACAGAAAUAGAGGGAUAGUUAUAUUAUGAUCAUGUUUAUAAUGAAGCUUAUAAAAAUAAACCAACUCAUUGUAAUUGUGAUUAAGGAUUUGAAUAUGAUUUAAAAAACAAGAAGUUCAGAGAAUUGAAAUAAGGAGAAUAUGUUAUGAUGAAAUUGAUAGCCCCAAUAGUAAGACAUUUUAAAGAGGAUGAACAAUUGGAGAGAGGGUUGUCAUUUAAAUAUUAAUAAUAAGGAUAAAGGCAAUAGAUAAGAUAAUAAUCUAUAAUGGAAUAAUGA